UCGUAUGCUGCGUUAAAAGUGGUGGAAAAUGUGUGCAACAAAAAACAUGCAGCUACUACUAACUAUGCACAAACAACAGCCGCAAUAGUGUGUGUGUGUGUGUGUAUGUGUGAGUCUGUUGUAUGUUGUUUGCAAUUAAGCGUAUAGUGUUGCUUCUUUUUUUUUCCGUGAAGUGUGUGCGGCAAGUGAAUAAAUAAGUGCAAAAACGUUGCAAAGAUUUCGCGCGUGCAACAACACAAAAUUGCGCCAAUAAGCCCAAAACGAAGUCGACGUUUCUGUUUUAUUGCAUUCCUACUCUCGCAUGCACACAUACAUACAUACAAACAUAUAUACGUACGCAUACAGACGGACAGCAACAGAGAUUUGAACACAGCAGCACACGCAUAUGUACAUUUAAUAUUAAUAAAAAAAAACGCAGAGGAACAACAAGAACCCACAAGCAAAAACCUACAAAAAUACAUCGAAUAUUGUGUGCUCAAGUCAAAUGUUUUGUUUCAGCAGCCUAAACGUUGCCAUCAGCUGGGCACACGCUUCAGCGCGAGCGUAAACAAAAAUUUCAAUUCGAAACUUAGAUAAAUAAAAAGAGCGAAGAGAGAGCAGCCGCAACAGCAGCAGCAGCACAAGCAGCAUGUCGCGCUGGGGGAAAAACAUCGUGCUGCCGCUGGACUCGCUCUGCAAGGAGAAGGAGAACACCAAUCGACCCACAGUGGCACGCUCCGUCGGCACAGUGGGCAAAUGGGGCAAAAUGGGCUUCACCUCGACGCGCACCUACUCGCUUUCCAACCUGCAUCCGAUGGCAGCGGCUGCCGCAGCCGCCGCCGCUGCCGCCAGUCCCGCACAGAGUCCGGCUUCCACGCACGAUCAUGAUCCGAACGACUUGUCGGUCUCGGUGCCAGAGCCGCCCAAGCCCAAAAAGUUUUUCAAAUCGCGCAAUGCAGCGCCGCCCGAGGUUAUAGCACAGAUCAUUCAACAGCUGCCGCAUUGUCUGGCUGGCGCAUCGCCCAUGCGUGAGCCGUCGGCGUCAGCGUACUCCUCCCAUACGCCCAUACAGGAAGCCCUUCCCAAACAGAAACUGGUCAAAGGUGGCGGCGGCAGUUCCGCAGAGCGGAAGCGCAAGUCGCCCAAAAAGAAACCCACAGCCGCAGCCGCCGCAGCAGCAGCCGCAACGCCCACAACGCCCGGUGCGUUUGAUAGACUGGACAGCAGUUCCACAGAUCAGCUGGAUUUGGUGGUGACUGCCACGCCCAGCACAGCUGAUCCCAAGGGCAAGAAGAAGAAGAUCAAGGAGGAGAAAAAACUGAAGCCAGAGGCGCCGCCCUCACGCAUUUUGGGCCGCGCACGCAAGGCGGUCAACUAUUGCGAAGUAGAAGAGGAUGACCGCUAUCCCACGCCCGUCAAGGAUCUGAUCAUUCCCAAGACAAAACCAGAAGCUUCCACAGUAGACAGCAGUCCAGCGCUUCCGCCGCCCACAACGUCGCCCAGUGUAGCGUUAGCAACAGCAACGGCUUUAGCUAAUGCAACUGCAGCCGUCGUCGCGGCGGCAUCCACCAUGCCAAUGCCAUCCGCCUCCGCCUCGUCCAGUGCAUCGCGCACGCCAGAGCAUCCGCCAAUUGUGUUACGCAUUUCAAAGGGCACGUCGCGCUUAGUCAGCACGGACAGUGAGGGCCCGCCGCCGAAUAGUUCGCCUGGACAGCAGCUGGACACAUCCAAUGAGACGGAGACGGAGCCGGAGCCGGCUGAGGACUAUGAUAAAGUUCCUGCAAUAACAAUAAGUACGCCAAAAAUAACUGUAAAGCCAUUGCGACCGCCCCCAGAGGCAACGGUGGAUACGUCGGACGCAGCUGCGUCGUAUUAUCAGGAGCAACACGACGAAGACGACGAGGACGAGGAAGAGGAGGAAGAAGAGGAGGAGGAGGAGCCACCAGAAAUUAACUAUUGCACGGUAAAAAUCUCACCGGAUAAGCCACCCAAGGAGCGCUUGAAACUCAUCAUCAAAACCGACGUCAUACGCAACGCCAUUGCCAAGGCAGCCGCUGCAGCCGCAGCCAAAGCCGCUGGCGAAGAUUCACGCAAGAAGUCGAAGAGUAAAAAGCACAAGCAUCUCAAGCACGCGGCGCAGCAAGGGGAGCAACUUUAUCCACCACCACCACCAGCACCAGCACCAGCACCAGCAGCAGCAGCAGCAGCAGCAGCAGUCGUCGUAGCAGCAGCCACUCCAAGCGACGCCUGCGUUGAGUUUAAGACGCCCUCACCACAUUUUGCAUUCACCACAAGUGAAGUGAACCAACCGCCGCCACAGCCGCCGCCAUCGCUGCUGUCGCAUCCGCAUCAGCAUCAGCACCCGUCGUAUGUCAUCUCACCCACGACGCGCUUGGAUCACGAUUUCGAUCACUUCGAUUCGCAGUCGCCCAUGCUGGGCAGCAUUUCCUCCAAGGGCAACAGCACGCCGCAGCUGCUGGCGCAAUCAGUCCAAGAGGACUCCUGCGUCAUACGCAGUCGCGGUUCCAGUGUGAUCACCAGCGAUCUGGAGACGAGUCAACACUCCUCGCUGGUGGCGCCGCCGUCGGACAUCGAAUCGCAUCUCGAGUCCAUGAUGAUGAACAUGGAUGGCCACAAUGCGGGAGCUGCCAUGGUGCAGGAGCCACUGCAGGAGGACAUAUUAUCAGUGCUGCGUGGCGACGAGGGGUCCCGACUCAAUGGCGCCGGGGACGCCGAAGCGGAAGCCAAACAGCCCAAGCGUAGCACGCGUGGACGCGCCGUGCGUAAAGUGAAUAACACUAGCGAAGCUGUCAGCACCACCGAGAGCACGCGCACAAGAACGCGCCAGGCCAAGCCGCUGGAGACAUCACCCACAUCCACAUCCACGUCGUCGGCGAGCGCCAAGCGCAACACGCGUGCACGUGCUGGACUCAAGCAGCAGCAGCAACAGCAGCAGCAGGAGGAGUCAGUCAUAUCGACGACUACGAAUCCGACUAUGUUCAAUGUGGAACCGCAGCCGGCAGCGCUGCCCGACUCGGCUGAAGCGCCCACGCGACGCGGCCGUGCUGCUGCUCGGGCCAACAACAACAAUGUGGCCACCACCAACAACAACAUCAACAAAAUUGCCGCCAGCUUGUCCGCCAAGGCGGAAGCAAUCAAGGCAGGUGUGGACAAUGGUGCUAGUGGCGCCUCCACGCGCAGUUAUGGCCGCAAACGUAAAAAUCAGCAGGUGAUGCAAGUGCUACAGCAGCCGGAGCUUGAUGAGGAGCAGCAGGCGGAGCUGGCAAAGCAAAAGAUGCUGGAGGACCUGGAGCUGGGGGACUUGAAUCUGGAUAUGGAUAUGGAUAUGGAUGCACAACCCACACCCGCCAAAAUGCCGCACCAAGACCUGGACCUGGACUUGGAUCUAGAGUCUGAGCCGGAGCAGGACCACGAAACCGAGCACGGCAUGGAUGAAACCUCCAAUACUUCGAAUAGCUCCUCGAUGCAACAUGACAACAGCUCAUCCUCGCCGCCGGCGCGUGACUAUAAGUUUAAGGAUAAAUUUAAGCGCACCAUAACGCUGGACACAGGCGCUGCUGCAGCGGCAGCGGCGGCGGCAGCUGCAGCAGCAGCAGCUGCUGCUGGUGGUGGUGGAUCUGCUACGGGCAAUGGCUCCACCACUGAAACCGAUGAGGGGCAGCGCGGCGGCGUUGUCAAGUUGGUCAUCAGCAAGAAGAAGGGCAGCAUUUUCAAAAGUCGCGCCCUGGUGCCCUCCGACCAAGCGGAGCAGGCAACUGUGGCCAAGCGACAUCUCUACAAGCACAGCUGGGAUGCAGCUCUGGAGGCCAAUGGUGGCGGCACUGGCAGCGAUGCUAGCAAUACGUCUGCCUCCACUCCAGUGAGCGGCAGCACCAAGACCGACACAAGCACUGGCAAAUCCGCGGGUGAUGCCAUCUACAGCGACUUUGGUGACAGCAGCUCCAACAACAACACGAACAGCUCCGUGCUGCGUGGCGAGAGUCCGGCAUCGGGCAAGCUAUCGCGGCUGGCUAAGCCGUUGCCCACUUCGACAACGACAAACGAGUCACUGUUCGACUUGGAGCUCGACUCUGCAGUGGACGAAGCCUUGGGUGGGCCGUCAGCUGGCGCAGGUGGAGCAGCUGGUAGCACGGGCUUGCGGGUGGAUCGCAAAUCCAAGGAAUACUAUACGGUGGUGCGCAAUGUAAAGACCGCACAUCAAAUUCAAGAGAUUGGCGAGUAUCAGGAAAUGUACGACGACGUCGAGUAUAUACUGGAUGCUCUGCAGCCGCAUAAUCCGCCGGCAACGCGUUGCCUCUCCGCCCUGCAGUUGGCCACCAAGUGCAUGACGCCGGCGUUUCGCAUGCACGUGCGUGCCCAUGGUGUGGUCACCAAGUUUUUCAAGGCCCUCUCCGAUGCCAACACGGAUCUAAGUCUGGGCUUGUGCACCUCAGCCAUCAUGUACAUACUCUCCCAGGAGGGUCUCAACAUGGAUCUGGAUCGUGAUUCCCUGGAGCUAAUGAUCAAUCUGCUGGAGGCGGAGGGCGUGAGUGUAAUCGCGGCGGCGGAACGCGUUGGCUACGAGCGCAACAAGCAGAAGGUGCGCGAACUCUGCGAGGAAAUCAAGGCUCAGGGCAAGGGCACACAUCUGAAUGUGGAGUCGAUUACCGUUGGCACCUUGGCCAUGGAGACGCUGCUCUCGCUGACCUCGAAACGCGCGGGUGAAUGGUUCAAGGAGGAUCUGCGCAAACUCGGAGGUCUCGAGCAUAUUAUCAAGACAAUUUCCAACUUUUGUCAGCCGAUUAUCAACAAUACGGAUACGGAUAUUAACUGGCAACCAGCGCUGCUGGACAACAUGCAGACUGUGGCGCGUUGCCUGCGCGUCCUGGAGAAUGUGACGCAACACAAUGAGACUAAUCAACGCUAUAUGUUGACCUAUGCCAAGGGAUGUGCAGUGGAGACGCUCUGUCUGCUCUACAGACUCUGCGAUCGUCAGCUGCUGCUGCAUCCGUCCAUGGCGGAGCAAUGCAGCAGCAAAGAGCAUCCGGGCGUGGCAAUGCGUGAGCUGCUCAUCCCGGUCAUGAAGGUGCUCAUCAAUCUAACGCAUACGUUCAAUGAAGCGCAGCCCUCGCUGGGCGCCGAAAUGCUUGGCAGGCGCAGCGAUGUCGUCGAGACCAGCUUCCAUCUGCUGCUGCUUGCCUCCAACUACAUUCCCGAUCGCUAUAUCUUCGAGCUGAGCAUAUUGGUGUUGACGCUGCUCAUCAAUCUGUGCAUGCAUACGCGACCAAAUCGCGCAACGCUGAUGCUAGCUCAUGCGCCUGGCGAAUAUGUGGCGGAUAAUCCAUCGAUGGAUGGUCGACCUGUGUCGGCGCUGCAAGCGCUGCUUGAGUAUUUCUACAAAUGCGAAGAGCUCGCUAGACUGGUGGAGAAGAACACCGAUGCUUUCCUCGAAAGCAAUGACAAGGGCAAAAAGAAGCAGGAGGAGGUCGAAGAGACCGUUAACAAUCUUGUGCAACGCGCUGGACACCACAUGGAGCACACGCUAAAGGGCAGUUAUGCCGCCAUACUCAUUGGCAAUCUGAUAGCGGAUAACGAGCAGUACGAGAUGAUUGUACGGCAACAGCUGCGCGACAGAAGCUUCAAGGAGAUUGUAGGUGUGCUAGAGAAAUAUCACACCUUCAUGAAUCUCACCUCGAGCUUGGAUGCCGCCUUUGUGGCGCAUAUGAAGUCCACCAAGAAGAUCAUUGACAACUUUAAGAAACGCGAUUAUAUCUAUGAGCAUGCCGAUGAUCAUGACAUGCAGAUGCCACUGAACUUGGAGACGACGCAUCAUGAUCAUGAUAUAAAUGCCACUGUGGGAUCGCAGGAGGACUCAUCGCUGAGCGCCAGCAGCAGCAGCGGCAGCAGCAUGCAGCGUGUCUUCAAGACCUACAGCAGUCACAGAUAGAGACGAAGGAUGGUUAGAAAGCAGCAACAAAAAAAAAAAAAAAGAAUAAAUAUAAAUAUGUGUAAAUUGCUGUGAAGUGAAAGUGAAAGUCAAACGAACAUUGUCGCCGUCGUCAAUCACACCGAAAGCCUGCCACCAAAAUAAUUAUUUACCUUCUAUAUUUAAUUAUGAAUUCUCCUAACAAACGCCGCUUUAAUUUAGCUUAGCAUUCGACUGUGUUUGUUUUGUGUCUGUUGUAUUUAUUAUAAUAUUAUAUGUAUGUGAACAAAAACAAAAAGCAAGUGAUAGCAAUUUUAGUUGAGCAUGGUCAGCGUUUUCACUAAA